AUGAGCGGAAACUGGCAAGUUGCCUUGUAUGAAAAAGCCAAAAAAUCUAAAACUCUAGCAAUUCUCAGUGAAGAAUAUCAACGAGGAAAAGGGCUUACACAAGACUGGAUUAAAAAAUCACGUGAAAUUGCUGACCGGUCAACUUUCCUUAUACUAGCCGGUGCUGAUGAGCUGUGCAUUUGGACAUUGACGAAUUUCGAUAAACAAAUACAUAUUAUCUAUGGGAUGAUGGAUUGGCGAAAUAUUUUCUUAUGGGCUUCAAAGAACAGGAUCCUUGAAGAUUUUCAAAGCCAGGUCAGAAAACAAUAUGACGGUACAGUCAACAAGUAUAUCAAGCAUACCAAGCUUUAUGAAAAUUUUACUUUAAGGCUUGUGGAGCUCUCUAAUUUCUACCAAAAGAAUUAUGAAGAAUGCAAAGAAAUAUUCAAUUUUUUAUUAAAAAUUAUAAAAAUCUAUCCAAAUUAUAAUAUUAAUAUAUAAAAUAUAGCAUUAUCACAGUUAUUUAAGAGGUAGUAUUAAUUUAUUAUAAAAUAAUUUCGACCAAAACUCACAAUGCAAAAGAAAAAAUAGACAAUUUAAUAUUUUCAAUAAAAAACAUCAAUGCUCAAGAUAUCCUUGAAAAAGAGUGGCCACAAAAUUUCCUUGACCAAGUCGACUCUCUUUUGACAUAUUUUGGAGGCCAAAAAUUUGCAAAGAAACUCCAUGAUGGAAUAUUAGAUAAGCUUGACCAUGAUGAAGAUGGUGUUCUUACCAUUGGAGACAUAUAUGAGUCUACUAAUGCAAAUAAAAUUGCAGAAUGGAGUAGACAACAAGCGAAUUAUUUUUCAAAAUUAUUUAUUGUUAACGGGCAAUUUAACUAA